AGUUCAAUGACAAACUGAACAAAACUGUUUUCUAGUUACUGGAAUAACAUGUGAUAUUUUGCUUCAAUUAACUAAGGUUAUUUAAUUUGAGAUUUUGUGAAAUUAUUAUUGUUUUAACAUUAGCUUGCAUCAACGUUUGCUUCAGUGUUGCAUCAUUUACUAGUGCUUAUUGCGAAGUAAAUCGGAUAAAAAUUUAAUAUGGCUAGUUCCAUGAUUGCUGCUGGCAUGGCCAUGGCCGCUGUCGGUUUUGGUGGAAGAUAUUUACUACGAAUAUCAAAACAAUUAGGCCCUCAACUUGAGCAAUUAAAUAAAGUUUUCCCAGACGCUAAAUCUUUCGCCAAUUCUAAAUAUUACAAAGGAGGGUUUGAGAUCAAAAUGACAAAGCGUGAAGCCGGUCUCAUUCUUGGAGUUAGUCCAUCAGUUAAUAAAACGAAAUUAAGAGAAGCUCAUCGUAGAAUAAUGUUACUUAACCAUCCAGAUAGAGGUGGAUCACCAUACAUUGCAGCAAAAAUUAACGAAGCCAAAGAUUUAUUAGAUUCUGAUAAGAAAUGAAAAUUAAUUCUAGCAAAUUGUACAGACUUCUAAAAAAGAUUAUUUCGAGACAAAUAAAAUUUAGUUAACAUACAGUCAACUCAAAA